CUUUUUAUAUAAACAUAGAAAUAAAAAAAUCGUAACGGUGAUUAAAAGGUAAAUUAAACAAACACAGAUAAUGAAAGUGAUUAUUAUCUGUCAACGAACUAUUUUAUAUCUGUUGCCACACUAUACGUUAGUUGUCAAAAAAUCUUGUUCUCGCUUGGCUCGUCCUGUGUUUGUUGUAUCAAUUUGUAUGUCAAUUAUCAAUUAACCCUCGUUUAAUAAUGGCCUGUUGAUUAUUAAAAAGCAGUGCUCGGUGCUGAUACUAUCGAUGUGCACUUCGAAGUUUGUGUAAAUCAUGGCUGCUGGUGGCGAGGAUCUGUGGCGCGAGUGCGCGUCCUGGCUGACGAGAUGUGGUUUGCUACGUCCCGACCAUAAGGCGAACUGGGAAACGAGUUCAAUUCAUGACCUGGCGUAUACCCUGCGAGAUGGUGUACUGCUGUGCAACCUGCUUAAUGUGCUGCAUCCAGGCUGCAUUGACAUGAAGGACGUGAACCAGCGGCCUCAGAUGGCACAGUUCCUGUGCAUGAGGAACAUCAAAGUGUUCCUCCGAACAUGUCACGAGGUGUUUGAGCUGCGGGAGACGGACCUGUUCGACCCGUCCAUGUUGUUCGACCUCUCCAACUUCCAUCGUGUGCUGUGUACACUGGCCAAGCUCAGCCAGUGCCCCAAGGCUCUGGCUAAGAAUAUCAAACCAUUCUCAGCACUACGGACACAGUCGGAGGAGGACAUCUACAAAGAUCUGCAAUCUGUCGGCGGCGCGAGCGCUCCGGCGGCUGACGUGGGUGAGUACGCGAGCUACUGCGCGCGCAUCCACGACGAGGAGAUCUACCACGACCUGUGCGCGGUGAAGAACAGCGUGCGUGACCUACCGCCCGUGCAGCCGCCCGCUUUCAACACACUCGCGACAUCUUCACAUAGUUUAGAAAAGAGAGAUUACGUUAUAAGAGAGCUGGUCGAUACAGAGAACAACUAUGUGGAUGUUCUCAGCAAAAUUAUCAAAUACUUCCUGAGGCCGCUGAUGCCAUACCUCAAACCUCAGGAUAUGCAAGUCAUAUUCUUCGGGAUUAAGGAACUUCACGAGACACACACAGGCUUACUAAGGCAGCUGAAGUUAGCAACAGAAGCGUGCGUUCCGGGCAAUGGAGCGCCGCGAUUGGCGGACGUGUUCCUUGCGUGGCGCGAACGGUUGCUGCUGUACGGAGACUAUUGCUCAAACCUCACCAACGCUCAGGAUACGCUCAAAAACUUAGACGCUAGAGAUUCUACCUUCAGUAAACAGUUAGCGAAAUGUCAGAAGGAGCACAGCGACGGUCGGAUACAGCUGCGUGACAUCCUGUCGGUGCCGAUGCAGAGGGUGCUCAAAUAUCAUCUCUUGCUGGACAAACUCGUGCAUGAGACGCAGCCCAAUCAUGAGGAGUUCCGAGGGUUGGAAAGGGCGAAGGAGGCGAUGGUGGACGUAGCGCAGUACAUCAAUGAGGUCAAGAGGGAUAGCGAAGUGCUAGCGCUACUCGCUAAAGUACAGGAGAGUAUAAUAGACUGGGAGGGCGGAGCCCUAGGUGCGGGGGGCGCAGGCCUGGCGGCAUACGGGCGCCUCCUGCUGGACGGCGAGCUAAAGGUGAAGGCACAUGAGGACCAGAAGGUGCGCUCGCGAUACGUCUUCGUGUUUGAUAAGCUCAUGCUGCUCUGCAAACCUGUCAAGCUCCUGUCCUCGCAGGACAAUCAGUACUCGUACCGCGUCGGAGUGCGGCUGGCUGAGUACCGCGUGGAGGAGGGCUGCGGCAGGAGGGCGCUGCGGGGGGACGCGCGGUGGGCCUCCCACUUCUACCUCGUGCGACGCACCAAAGACGCAACGUUCACGCUGUACGCCCGCACCGAUGAUGCCAAGCGCAAAUGGGUUAAAGCUAUUAGAGAUGCUAUCGAUAACUUGGAGCCUCCAGGUUGUCGGAGUACGAAUCACAAGUUCGUGUUACAUACAUUCGAGAAGCCCGCCACGUGUCACCAUUGUUCUAAGUUCCUCAAAGGAAGGAUAUUUCAGGGCUACUUGUGCACAGUGUGCAAUGCGUGUGCGCACAAGGAAUGCAUCGCGCUGUCGGGCCGCUGCGGCGGGGGACUCGCGCCCGCGCCCCCACUCCCCCCACACCAUCACGCGCCCGACCAGGCACUGCACUACUACAUGUGGUACGUGGGCGAGAUGGGUCGUGAGACUGCGACGGCGAGACUGGAGCGUCGCGUGGACGGCACGUUCCUGCUGCGCGUCCGGCCGAACGGCGCGCAUCACGCGCCCCACGCGCCCCACGCCCCCACCGACACCAACCUCGCGCUCUCGCUCAAGACAGACAACACAGUGAAGCACAUGCGCGUUUGCCGCAAGCCAAUAGACCAGGUGCAGCACUAUUACCUGUCCGAGUCGCGGUUCUUCCGCAGCGUCGUCGAGCUCAUCACCUACUACGAGAAGACCAGUCUCUCCGAGAACUUUGAAGGACUGAACUCAAAUCUCCGCUGGCCGUUCCGUCGCGUUGUAGCGACGGUGAUCCACGACUUCCGUCCCCUGGAGAGCUCACAGCUGGCACUGAGACCCGGAGCCAAGGUCCUCGUCCUCAGCAAGGAGGGGGACAGCCGGGGCUGGUGGAAGGGACGCACACUUGACAAGGGUGAUAACCGGUCGGGAUACUUCCCGAAGGAGUGUGUACGCGAGGAGCCGGAGUGUAUCGGGGCGCUUGACUGAUGUCAGCUUUGCCUCGCCGAGCGCGAGCUGCACUUCUCGUCGCCCAGGCCGCCGCAUCUGCUGGACGACUCCGACACCGCCGACCUCGUGUAGGCGGUCUCACACACCCAGACACAUACUUCAUGCCACGGACAAACAUUCUUACAUAUUUUUGAGGAUGUUAUAUUCUACAUGAAUGUUCUAUGUUGGUGUUGUUCAAACGUGUGAGAAUUUGUCGAGUAGGUGACGCCCCAACCGGUGGCCGGGAGGUGAAAUUAGUUUUAGAAUAAUGAGUGUUUACUAUGAAGCAGAGAGCGAGAACGAGGGACGCAGUUAUAUUUUCAUAUCGAUGUUAAACGGUUCGAUAAAUGAUAGCAAAUAAGGUUGUACGGAAUAGUAAUGGAUUCCCGCAACGGGAUGUGUAUAAUGUCCACAAAACUGUAAAUAUAUAUAGAGGGAGUGUAUAAAAUGUACAAUGAUGUAUGGGGUAAGCAAAGCGAGGUGGCCCGACGCCCCGCAAGGGGGAGGGAAUGUUCGACUGCAGAAGUGCUAAUUAGUAUAAUUAUAAAUGUGAACAAUACAAAUAUAAAAUGAUAAAAGAGUAUCUCUACAUAUACGCGUCUAAAUAGUUUUAAAAGAGUUGAUGUAUAGACAAAUAUUUAAUUGAUUCGGAAGAAGAAACUUCGCUCUUCUCUGACGUGUAGAUGAACAUAGUCUGUGGUGCACAGUCUAUUAUUGUUUUUGAAAUGCUAAAUGCAUUUGUGCGAGUUAAAGUAUAUUAUUAUACGAUUUCAUGUUAUUUACUAAAUAUAAAAUAAUUUUGUGAAAAUUUAUUUAGAGAUAUUGGAUAAGGCAUCCAGUUUACACGACACAUAGUUUGAGAGAAUUUUUGAUUUGAAAUGAUGGAUACGGAAACAGUUGGUUAAUAAUGGAGCGAAGGAAUUGAAAUAUUUGGUGUUGCUAUAGUAAUAAUGAUGUGUUGUCACUUACAAAAUAAUUAAUGUUAGAAACGUGUUCUGAAAGUUAUUGUUUAAACUGUAAUAAUAUUUACCAAUGCACUUAUUAUGUAAUUAUUCAAAAUUAAGUUUGGAGAAAUCUCUAGUCGUGUAGAUGGGGCUUUACGAAGCAAUCUCACUUCGGUGUUAAGGUAUGUGUUAUAUAUACAUGUGCAUAUUUGUUGUUAUGUGUAAAAAUAUUUUACCGUUGGUAAUACAACUGUGACAUCACUGACAAAAAUAUCGCUGAAACGUUUAAAAAAC